AAAGCACUAGCGGUUGAUUCUCUUUAUUAUUAUUGUUGCCAGCAAAAUAAAUUAAAUUAAAGCAAACUGAGACAGUAUGUCCACCUAUUACUUUGUUAUUGUUGGCCACAAUGAUAAUCCCAUCUAUGAGAAGGAGUUUAGCACUGUCAACAAGGAAUUCAGGAAAGAGGACCAGAGGCACCUGAGUCAGUUCAUUGCGCACGCUGCCUUGGACCUGGUGGACGAGCACAAGUGGAAAACGGCCAACAUGCAGCUAAAGUCCAUCGACCGCUUCAAUCAGUGGUUCGUCUCCGCCUUCAUCACCGCCAGCCAGAUCCGCUUCAUCAUUGUGCACGACAACAAGAACGACGAGGGCAUCAAGAGCUUCUUCAACGAGAUGUACGACACGUACAUUAAGCAUUCCAUGAACGCCUUCUACAAGAUCAACACGCCCAUCAAGUCGCCCAUGUUCGAAAAGAAGACGGAGAUCUUUGGGCGAAAGUAUUUGUUAUCGUGAGGCUGUCAAGUCUCCUCCUCUAGUCAAUAAGCAAAGUGUAAUAUAAAUUUGAUUUAAUUUAUUUAGAAAACCAGUCUAGUGACACGAAAAUAGCUUAA